CGGCUGCUUGGCAGAAGACAAUAUGUUGUGGGCGUUUCGACACUUCAACUUAACCGCAGGAUUGAGGCUGUUUCAAAAGGCGGGGCACAAAUCUGAAUUAAAUUUUGAGAGAGAGAGAGGAUGUUGAAGUUCUUGUCGAAAGUGAGAAUCGAGUUCAAUGCCUUGGACCCCCGCACUGCGUCGUGCUUGGAGUUCUUGGCUCAGUGCAAUGCCCGCAAGGCCAAGGAAUCUAACCCCGCCUGUCAGUUGUUGGUGAAGCGCCGCACCGACGACCAUCCACCGCAGAUCACCGUCACGUUCGUCAACGGUGUCGAGGAAGUCUUCGACGCAACCACCACCCCUGCUCAGGCCAUAAGGAACAUGAUUCUCGAGAAGGGUCAGCAUCUCGAGACCGAGCAAAUGUUCCGCGAGGCGGGCGAGGCCUGGCCUGUCAUCAUCCCAGAGGAGGAGCUCCACCAAUUCGCACCCGGUACCAAGCCAAGGAAAGCAGAAGAGAAGAAGCAGUAGCUGUACCUCAUCUCAUCAAACCAUUGCUUGGGAACAUUUUGAUGGUUGUCAGACCUGACACAAUGUGACUAAAUGCUUGGUUUGAGAGUGGCUACAAGUGGGAGAUGUCUUAUGUAGCUAGCAUGUUUAUUUGGCUUUGCCAUGGAAGCAUGUUUUUUGUUGGGUGUUUUAGCUUCAAGGGAUUAAAGUCUCACCAAGGAGCUGGGGACAUUGCAAAUUUUUACAACUUGGAUUUACCUUUUUCCUGGUAAAAAGAUGAUUAGGCCAUCAACAUGUUUUCUAUUUGGUUUCUCAUCUAUUUGAUGUCUGAAAUGGUGAUAUGCAACAAUGACAAAUGAAUAACAGGUUCCAACUGCUUUUUUCCUCUCUCA